AGAGCAUGCAGGCCACAGGCCCCUCCAGCCCCGGCCGCCUCACCUCUGCCAACCGCCCGAUCAACCCCAGCACGGGGGAGCUGAGCACCAGCAGCAGCAGCAAUGACAUCCCCAUCGCUAAGAUUGCUGAGAGGGUGAAGCUGUCAAAGACAAGGUCGGAAUCCUCCUCGUCUGAUCGGCCAGUCCUGGGCUCAGAAAUCAGCAGCAUCGGGGUGUCCAGCAGUGUGGCAGAACACCUGGCCCACUCGCUCCAGGACUGCUCCAACAUCCAGGAGAUUUUCCAAACCCUCUACUCCCAUGGCUCUGCCAUCUCCGAAAGCAAGAUCCGCGAGUUCGAGGUGGAAACGGAGCGGCUGAACAGACAAAUCGCGACACGCGAGGAGUCGCCCCUCUCCUUGGCUGUAGUAACCGGCAGCGGUGGCCCAGAGUGGCAGGGGUAG